UCACGUGUUUUGUAGUUUUUUCGCUAAGAUCCUGUGUUGUAACUCAGAAACAGGUCACAGAGGAAGCUAGCAGCAGCUAGCCGCUUCUAAAUCUAAGGUUUAUUACCUUUAACGGACAAAUAUUAACUGGCUUUAAUCGGAACAUCUUCAUUAAGCGCCUUCCAGAACCAGAGCGGUGCUGCGUUCAGGGUCCAGAACCAGAGCGGUGCUGCGUUCAGGGUCCAGAACCAGAGCAGUGCAGAUACAGAUACAGAGCGUUUAGGAACCUUGGAGCUCUGUGAUUGGCUGGGAGCUCUGAUCCAGGUCCAGGAUGUGUUCGGUGUCUCUCUGAUCGGAACCGUCUCCAGAACCGGGCCAUGUCGCGGCACAGCAAGCUGCAGAAGCAGGUCCUGGCUCUGUACCGCCACUUCCUGCGGGCCGGGAAGGACAAACCGGGUUUCCUGCCCAGAAUACGGGACGAGUUCCGGGAGAACGCGUGCAUCAAGAAGACGGACGUGAUGCACAUCGAGUAUCUGUACCGCCGCGGCCAACGGCAGCUGCAGCAACUCAGGGACGCCAACACCAAGCAGCUGGGUUCCUUCUCCAGAGGCAGCGAGCCUGGCUGACCAGCAGAACCAACAGAACCACCGACCGGACCAGCAGAACCACCAGAAGCAUCUAAUGCAUACCUCACUGACUGGACCAGAACCUGCACACAACAUGAAACCUGCUACUAUAAAAUAAACUUUUCUCUGUUACUCAGUAAAACAUUUAACCAGCAGCAGAUCCGUCAGAUUCUGGUUCUGGAAGGUCCAAGGUUCUGGUUCCUCCUGCAUGCCGAGUCAGCAUCACAUCCAGUCACUUCAUUGUCUGAUUUAUUAUAACAGAAGAUAAAAAUGAGAAAAAAACUUGAUUCUGUUGGAACAGACUCAUCAGAACCAUCAGCAGCUUUUUUGGUUCUGAUUCUGAUGAUAUCUAACCAGUAAAAUUUCUGAGAAUCUGAAAUCAGCUUAGAUAUGAAAUAACUGAGUUUCUCAUCUGCUAAUAUCUCCAGAUUUAUGGGAUGGAGCUCUGCGAUUUCAGUUUCAUUCUCUGUAUAAUAAAAUAUUGAUAAUGUUUA